AUGUUAGUCUAUCGUCUUCUUAUACUCUUGGACCAAGGAAUUUUUAACGACUUAACUCAAGGCUUAAAACAACGUAUCACAGAAACUUUUGCGAAUAUCAUUGUUAAAGUUGAAUUCAAAAGCAUAAGACUUAUUGAAUUGGGGGUUUCUUGUUGGAAUUCAAAUCGUAAUCAGUAUGAUGCGAAUUCUCUUCUUUCUAAAAUUGUCGAAGAUGCAACAAGUGAUGAAAUAGCAAACCGACAAUCAAAUGUUACUGAUUUGGAAAUUGCUGAUAUAACUCCGUCCAUUUUACCGUUGACAUUGCUUUUAACACCUGCGGAUUGUUACGACCGUAAAUUAAAUUUUGUGUUCGGACUGGCUAAAUACAAAGUUGGUGCUGUUGUUUCGACCUUUAGAUUGGAAAAUAGUCAAGCAUUUGUAUCCAAGGAGUGCAUUCACGAGUUAGGUCAUGUGUUUGGAUUGAAGCAUUGUAAAUUGCCUUGCGUGAUGACCUUUUCUAAUUCAGUGUUGGAAGCAGAUGAGAAGAGUUCGAAAUUUUGCUCUUCUUGUUAUGAACAAAUUAAUGAUCAAAUUAAGACUGAUCCACAUUAA